ACAAGUAUUUUAAAAAACGGGAGAUCCGUAGUCCAAUUUUGCAUGAAACCGAACGGGAGAUCCAGAUCAGAUGGACUGGGCCGUCUAAAAGCCCUAUGGGCCCAUAACACUAGUUGGCACCCGCAUCUCUCUACCUCGACUCCUCGCUCGCCUCGGCCCUCGGCUCGUCCCUUCCUCCGUCGCCGCCGCCAUCUCUGAACCGACCACUGAGACGCCGGCCGCCACCACCGCACCCUCCGUUUCCCGCGCCUGGCUCGCCUCCUCGUCUCGUCGCCAUGGGCAAGGCCUCCAAGGACAAGAGGGACAUAUACUACCGGAAGGCGAAGGAGGAAGGGUGGAGAGCUCGCAGCGCCUUCAAGCUCCUCCAGAUCGACCAGGAGUUCAACAUCUUCCACGGAGUGAGGCGUGUGGUUGAUCUUUGCGCUGCUCCCGGAAGCUGGAGCCAGGUUUUGAGUCGGAACCUUUAUGUAGCAGCAAAACAAUCACCUGAUUGCAAGGAAGGCGACCUUCCUCUCAUUGUUGCGAUCGACUUGCAACCGAUGGCUCCAAUAGAAGGUGUCAUACAGGUGCAAGGUGACAUCACUAAUGCUCGGACUGCAGAAGUGGUUAUUAGGCAUUUUGAUGGGUGCAAAGCGGACUUGGUUGUUUGUGACGGCGCUCCUGAUGUUACUGGCCUUCAUGAUAUGGACGAAUUUGUCCAGUCCCAGCUUAUAUUGGCGGCACUGACAAUUGUGACUCAUGUACUCAAAGUUGGUGGAAAAUUUGUCGCGAAGAUCUUUCGGGGUAAAGAUACAAGUCUGCUGUACUGCCAGCUAAAACUCUUCUUCUCACAAGUUACAUUUGCGAAGCCUAAAAGCAGCCGCAACUCAAGCAUUGAGGCAUUUGCAGUUUGUGAGAAUUAUUCACCUCCUGAAGGUUUUAAGGAGAAAGAUCUGUAUCACCUGCUAGAGAAAGUGGGGACUCCUUCAGGGGCUGAUGAUUUAGAUUGCAGAAGCGGAUGGCUGGAGGGACCAAACAAGGUCUACAUUCCAUUUCUGGCUUGCGGCGAUCUGAGCGGUUACGAUUCAGACCGAUCAUACCCGCUUCCGAGCACAGAGGGUGGCUCCUACAAGAGCUUGGAUCCGAUCCAGCCUCCCAUCGCUCCGCCGUACAAAACCGCCCUGGAGAUGAAGAAGGUGUCAAGCCACGGUGUUGGUGCAGAUAUCAGCAAACUAUCCCUGGACUCGUGAACUACAGUCUGAAUGCAGCUUCUGUCCAUGUAACCGUUAGUUAAUCAUGCAGAAAUUCACAGAAUGUGGGAUUCAGGAAUCGUUCCGCAACGAUGAUAUCCAACAUUUCUGCCAUAGAAGAUGAACUCAAACUUUUGGUGGAUCCUGGAUUUGUUUUUUGUGAACCCCGUCGCGAAAAGGAAAUGUACCAGAAUGCACAUGUGACCAGAGCACUAA